AUGGUGGCUGGAGGGACCAAGGUCAAGUUCGCCAUUGUGACAUCGACUCUGCAAAGCGUUCCAUGGCCCGAAGCGGAAGACCUGCCACCUGCCUCGCCAAUUAAUAAUAUGUGCUCUGAACUUUUGCGGGCCGAAGUCCCAGUUAAUCAGAAGCCGCGGAAGCUCACCGGCUGCAUCUCGGACGAAACUCACCGACAUAACUUCUACGUGUGUACUGCAAUUGCAUGGGAGCUGGCUGAAGGCUCGAUGGCAACGAAAGACAUUCUGUUCUCGAAGAUUGAAUCCGAGAAUAAAACGCAACUCUACCAUCCUUAUCUAUUACAGCCAGUCCAGAGCCGUUCAGACCAGUCCAUCAUCUCAACCCAUAGCAGCCUGAUCCGAAACGAAGUCCUGUUCCCCCUUGGGCUGGCCCUCGUGGAGUUAUCCCUGUGUCAGACCAUUCCCGCCUUACGCGCGCCGGAAGACUCAGACCCUGACGAGGACACAGCCGAUCUAAAGACUGCAUCUCGCCUUCUUAAGUAUGUUUACGAUGAGAGCGGGAUGAGAUACGGAGAUGUGGUCGAGCAGUGUCUGUUUUGGCGUGGGGGAAGAGAAGCGAAACCUGAUGAUGAGGACUUCCAGGAAAAAGUGUUUAAUUCCAUCAUAUCGCCAUUGCUGGAGGAUUUGAGCAACUUUGAUGGCAAGGGCCAAAUUUAUUAA